AUGUCGUUCAGAUUCAGGAGGAGUCCCUCGAAACAUGCCAUCUACACCAGGUGGAAUGGGGAGGCGCAGCUAGUGGUCGGGGUGUACGUCGAUGACCUGGUGAUCAUCGGCGCCAGCUGCGACGACAUCAAGCAUUUCAAAAAAGAGAUGGCUGACGCAUUCAAGAUGAGCGACCUCGGCUUGCUUCGCUACUAUCUUGGUAUUGAAGUCAGGCAGAGUGCGAGGGGCACCUUGAUCAGCCAAGGAGCCUAUGCCGCCAAGAUUCUAGAGAGGAGCGGGAUGGCAGGGUGCAAUCCUUGUCAAGUACCAAUGGCAACACGUCUGAAACUGAGCAAGAUGAGCACGGAGCCGCUAGUGGAUGCGACAGCAUACAGAAGCAUCGUGGGGAGUCUCAGGUACUUAGUCAAUACUCGUCCAGAUUUGGCAUUUGCAGUUGGCUAUGUGAGUCAUUUUCUAGAGGAGCCACGAAAGGAUCACUUGGCUGCUGUGAAGCAAAUUCUCCACUAUGUGGCGGGAACCAAGAGUUGGGGUCUCAAGUAUGAAAGGAAAAAGGAGAAGCAAGUCCAGCUGACAGGGUUCAGCGAUAGUGACUUCGCUGGUGAUGUUGAUGCUCGGAAGAGCACGACCGGAGUUAUUUUCUUCUUGGCCAACAGUCCAAUUACUUGGCAGUCAAUGAAACAGAAGGUGGUGGCUCAAUCUAGCUGCGAGGCAGAGUACAUUGCGGCCGCCAAUGCUGCCUGCCAGGGUGUGUGGCUCGCUCGGGUGUUAGCAGAGGUGCAUGGCUCAGCACCAAGCGUGCCGAUGCUGAAAGUGGACAACAAGUCUGCCAUAGCGUUGAUCAAGAACUCAGUUCUCCAUGGACAUAGCAAACACAUUGAAGUGAAGUAUCAUCUUGUCCGAGAAUCCGCAGAAAAGGGUCAGAUCAACAUGGAGUUCAUCAGGAGUGAAGAACAGUUAUGA